AUGCGUUCUAAUGGUUCACUACCUAUUUCGUCAUCUAGUGAGCAUUGGGAACAACAUCAAGGGGGAAGUAAUAAGGAGGAAGACUUUUCUCAUGUACCUUUGGAUUCUAGGGAUAGGAGUGGACCGAUCCAUUCUACACUAGGCGAGGCCUUGAGGGCUAAGAACCCUAGUGGGACGGUUACCACCCUUAGGGGUUCAAGGGGGAGUCUCACUUUUUCUCCACCUUUUGAUUUGAACUCAUCGGAGCUUAGACUUCCCUAUCCACAAGUUAAGAGGGCUCAAGAUCAAAAGAAGCGGAAGGAGACACAAAAGCAAGAGUUCAUUGAGCUAUUCAAGUCCGUUAACAUCAAUAUCCCAUUACUUAAUGCCAUCAAGCAAGUACCGGCCUAUGCAAAAUGCUUGAAGGACAUGUGCACUAAUAAGAGAAAGUUUGUGGAGAAUGAAGAUAUAUACUUAAGUGAGCAAGUGUCGGCCGUUCUUCAAAGGAGGUUGACUCCUAAGCUUAGUGACCCAGGAUCUUUUACUAUUCCAUGUACCAUUGGGUCACGAAACUUUGAUCAUGCAUUAUUGGACUUGGGGGCUAGUAUCAACCUUAUGCCAUAUGAUUUGUACAAGACUUUAUCAUUGGAGCCAAUUAAGCCUUUGAAAAUUAAGCUUAAGAUGGCAGAUAGGAGAAUUAAGUACCCUCGUGGAGUGGUGGAGGAUGUUCUUGUCAAGGUAGAUGAGCUUUAUGUGCCGACUGAUUUUGUAGUACUUGAUAUGGACUCUCCUUCUUGUGAUGAUGAUGAUGAUGAGUUACCCAUCAUUUUUGGUAGAGCUUUUAUGGCGACCGUCGGGGUGAAGAUUGAUGUUCAAAAGGGUUUACUCACCAUGACAGUCUUUGACACUACCAUUGGAUUUCGUAUUUUUGAUGCUAUGAGGAGUCCAUUAUAUCAUCUUGAUGAGUGCUUCCGGAUUGAUGUUAUGGAUGAUAUUGUUGGGAAGAACUUUAUUGAGCAUUCAUACACGGAUUACAUGGAGACUUGCAUUGCUCAAGGUGGAAGCGAAUUUGAGAGUAAGGAGCAUGUUGAGGCUAUUGCACACUUAGAGGCAUUGACACCAUAUUUGCCUAGACGUGUUCCACCAGUUUUACCUUUGCCACCUUCUACUACACCACCUAUUCCUUCAUAUGAGACCCCACCAGAUUUGGAGCUAAAGACUUUACCUUCGACUUUGAGAUAUGCAUUUCUAGGGGAGGAGAGCACAUUGCCGGUUAUUAUCUCAUCGAAGUUGAGUAAAGUUGAGGAAGAUUAG